AUGCAAUUAUUUUCCUAAAGUAUUGAAGUUUUUGGACAUGCCAUCCUUACAUUAUUAACAAACGUAAUCCCAACUACAUUUCAAAAAAUAAUUUGGACAAUUUGCACUAGUCAUUUAUGCUCCUGCCAAAUACCUCCCAGAAUUGUCGGAUCUACAAUAUAUAAAGUUCCCUUUAUUCCUAUAAAGGGAGCUCUUUAAACUCUAAAUAUCCUUGAAACCAAAUGGGCAUUAAUUAUCGGAACAAUAAAUCAAAGUAGGUUGAUUAAAGGAGCUAUAAUAAAGAUGCCAUUAUGCUCUAGCGAAUUGUAUUUGGAAGAAAAUUAGCAUAUUAAUUAUUUAUUAUGUAUGGAGAAAAAAAUGACAAUAGGGAAUAAGACUAUUAAGUUUAACUACUUAUGA